AUGUGUUCCUUUCGUCCCUGCUGGGCCUGCUGCUGUCUGCUCCUCUUCUUCUCCCUGGAAGUCCAGGGGUCCCCAAAGCCUCCCAGCGCUGCCCCCGAGCAAGUGCACUUGUCCUACUCAGGUGAGCCAGGCUCCAUGACUGUAACCUGGACCACAUGGGUCCCAGUGCCCUCUGAAGUGCAGUAUGGGCUGCAGCCUUCUGGGCCCCUGCCCUUCCAGGCUCGGGGCACCUUCAGCCCCUUUGUGGAUGGGGGCAUUCUCCGGCGGAAGCUCUACAUACACCGAGUCUCCCUGCAGGGGCUGCUGCCAGGGGUCCAGUAUGUUUACCGCUGUGGCAGUGCUCAGGGCUGGAGCCGUCGCUUCCGUUUCCGGGCCUUGAAGAACGGACCCCACUGGAGCCCGCGCCUAGCUGUGUUUGGGGAUCUGGGGGCCGACAACCCGAGGGCCCUCCCCCGACUGCGCCGGGACACCCAGCAGGGCAUGUACGACGCUGUUCUUCAUGUGGGAGACUUCGCCUAUAACAUGGAUCAGGACAAUGCACGUGUUGGGGACAGGUUCAUGAAACUCAUCGAACCCGUGGCUGCCAGCCUGCCCUACAUGACCUGCCCUGGGAAUCACGAGGAACGCUACAACUUCUCCAACUACAAAGCGCGCUUCAGCAUGCCGGGGAACACCGAAGGCCUGUGGUACAGCUGGGAUCUGGGACCCGCACACAUCAUCUCCUUCUCCACCGAGGUAUAUUUCUUCCUCCAUUAUGGCCGCCAUCUGGUAGAGAGACAGUUUCACUGGCUGGAGAGCGACCUCCAGAAAGCCAAUAAGAACCGGGCAGUCCGGCCGUGGAUCAUCACCAUGGGCCACCGGCCCAUGUACUGCUCCAAUGCUGACCUGGAUGACUGUACCUGGCAUGAAAGCAAGGUUCGCAAAGGCCUCCGUGGCAAAUUCUAUGGGUUGGAGGAUCUUUUUUACAAAUAUGGGGUCGACCUGGAGCUGUGGGCCCAUGAGCACUCAUAUGAACGCCUGUGGCCGAUUUACAACUACCAGGUACUUAAUGGCAGCCAAGAGAUGCCCUACACCCACCCUCGAGGCCCUGUCCACAUCAUCACAGGAUCCGCCGGCUGUGAGGAGCUGCUCACCCCCUUCACCCUCUUCCCGCGGCCCUGGAGCGCCCUGCGUGUGAAAGAGUAUGGGUACACACGGCUGAAUAUUCUCAAUGGGACCCAUGUCCACAUCCAGCAGGUGUCUGAUGACCAGGAUGGGAAGAUUGUGGACGACGUCUGGGUGGUGAGACCCCUGCUUGGCCGGACGAUGUACCUGUAG